AUGGCUAGACAGCGGGAAAAUGCUCCACCGACGAAAUUCACCACAUCUCCAAUCAGAAAGAGAACUUGGAUUCUUAAAACGCCUUUGGCCAUUGGUGAAGCAAAAGAAUGCGGGGAGUCCUCGCCAGAGUCAAUUCACGACGAGAACCUUCGGUUGGCUGCACCAGUCGGAGUUUGCUACGUUCGUGUCGCCAGAAACCUUCCACUACCCUCCAAGGUCGUCAAUCUCGUCAGAUCAAACGGCAUUUCAAGAAUCCGGCUAUUCAACCCCGACCCCAACGGCCUAAAACCAUUCUCAGGCACUGGAAUCGAGCUCAUGAUCGGUGUCCCCAAUGAAAUCCUCUCUACUUUAGCCAAUGGCACAGUGUUCACUUCUCUUGAAUGGCUUCAAACAAACAUUUUCUCGAACAUCUUGCCUACACAAAUUCGAUAUCUUGCAGUUGGCAAUGAAGUACUUCUAAAAGAUCCAUUCUACUCUCCUUACGUUGUCCCUGCAAUCCUUAAUCUAUAUGAAGCUCUGCAAACUUUAGGAUUAUCUGAAACAAUCAAACUUUCAUCUUCCCACGCCGCUUCAAUAUUAUCCAGUUCAUACCCUCCAUCAUCCGGUGCUUUUGACUCGAAUAUCCAACCCAUUUUACUUCCUCUUUUGCAGUUUUUACAAACCUCUGAAUCGCCGUUAAUGAUCCUCCACUCCGGAUAUACCAACAUGUUUGAUGCAACGGUGGAUGCAUUUGUGUACGCUAUGGAGAAGAUGGGUUUUUCUGGCAUUCCGGUGGUGGUGAAGGAGACAGGGUGGCCGGCGGCUGGCGGCGUUGCGGCGAGUGCUGAGAAUGCGUUGGAUUAUAAUGGGAAUAUUGUGAAACGAACAAUGAAUAACGUUGGGACGCCGAAAAGACCCGGGAUUGGUGUCGAGGUUUUUUUGUUUGAUUUGUUUAAUGAGAAUGGAAAAAGUGGGCAGGAAUAUGAGAGGCAAUUUGGAAUAUUUGGAGUUGAUGGUACUAAGGCCUAUGGCCUUAAAUUCUACUAA